GCACCCCGGCGGUUAAUGCGGGCGCCGUUGCCUCCGCUGGCCCCAGGUCGACACUCUGCUCCGUUUGAACCGCGACGCCACUGGCCUCGCCCGACACGUUGCGGCUCCGCCGGCGACCUCGGCCCUCUUCCUCCCCCCGGGUUGCGGACCCAUCCCUCUUCCUUCCCUAUAAAGCAAGGCCUCCUUCCCCGUUUUCUUCCACCACACUGCCCCAUUCACCUAUCUCCGAUCCUACAGCUUCGAUUUCGCUGGAAAAUGUAUCGCGCCACCGCUCUCGUCGUCCUCUUCGUGGCCGCGGCCGGCUUCGCAGCCGCUGCCGACGCCCCGGCACCCGGACCCAACGCCAAGACUGAGCAAACGGCGCCGAUCCAUUCUCCAGCGAAAUCCCCCACCACGGCUCCCACCCCCGCCAGCUCCCCGGCUACCUCCGCGGUCUCCGGCCCCGCCAACGCUCCCGCUCCCGCAACCGCGGCGCCCGCGAAUGCUCCGGGUCCCGCGACGGCCCAGGGCCCCGCUGCUGCGGCACCAACGACCACCACCUCGCCAUCGUCCUCACCCGCCGCGGCGCCGGGCCCCAAUACCUUGGAUGACGAAGAUGACAUCCCGACUGAUGGCCCCAUCCCCGGAAGCCCCCCAGAGCCGUCCGUUGCCGCUUCCCCGGAGGAUGAUCUGAGCCCGACGGCGACGACUAGCAGCGCGGGAGCUUCUUUGGCAGCCGGCACCGCCUUCGGCGCACUCUCCGCCGUUCUGGUGGCCGUCUUGGCUUUCUAAAGUUUCAAUUGGAUUUGUCCAAAUUAAUUUGGGAGCAAUUCUCCGUCUUUUAAUAAAUGAAUGGGGCAUUUUUUUACAUAUA